GUCCACCUCAUGUCUCGCGAUGCAGAGGUAUCUGUCAAGCAGGAGAAUCACAACGACGAUAAUGUGGCCUCGGACGAUCGGGAAGAUGCAGUAGAGGAUCUCGACUUCGAAGAUGACGGCCACAAUUGCAGCAUCUGCCUGCAGGAGCUGGUGGACCGCACCGUCAUCCCUACAUGUUCACAUGAGUUUUGCUUUGAGUGCCUUCUAAUAUGGACAGAGCAAUCCCGCAAAUGCCCCCUCUGCAACCAAAACACGGGGGACCACCUCAUUCACAACAUUCGCUCCAAUUAUGACUACCAGAGACACUAUCUUAAUCCUCUGCGUACGUCUCCCAAGCCUGCUUUGGCAGUACGAUCGACCGCUGCCGCGCCUAUCAGACGCAGACGCGCAGAGCGCGAAUGGGGUCGCAGAGCCGCCCGGCAAGCAGAGUCGGACAGACUCGACGAGUCUAUACGGAAGCGGCGCUGGGUGUACCAGCAUGGCUUGUAUGCAAAACAUGUAGCAUCUAAUUCCUUCACCCGAUACCGCCCAUACCCUACCCCCGCCCAAUUCGCCGGCUCUCACGACUUAAUCGCCCGCACCACUGCAUUUCUCCGCCGCGAGCUACAGGUCUGGGUGAACCUUGAUGUCGAGUUUUUGACUACCUUCAUUAUCUCCAUUAUGAAGUCUAUUGACAUCCGCGCCGAGUCAGCGAUUAAAUUGCUCGCCGAGUUUCUGGACAUGGAUUCGCCGUAUGUCGAAGGCAAUAGGCAUCCGAAUGCCGAGCACUUCGCCCAUGAAGUGUACUCCUUUGUCCGCUCGCCAUACAAGGACCUCUUCGUUUAUGACCGCGUUGUUCAGUACGACGCCGACAUCGCAUACACUCCCGAAGUGCGUCGCCGCCCUUCACAUUACUCUCCUCGUUCGGUCUCUCCUAUUGGGGAAGGCUCGCGGAGAUCACCCAGAUCACGUUCUCGCUCGCCACGCCCCCCGAAGCGACGCACGCGAUCCCACUCACGGUCCCGGUACCGACCGACCGCUCGUCAACGAAGACGGACGUCCCAAAGGCGAUAUUACUCCCCCGAACUUUCUUGGUCCCCUUCUGGAAGAUGCCGCGAAGUCUCGCCGGACGAAGAACAUGACCGGCGAUCUCGCGCAGCGUUCUCCCCUUCGCCCAUGCGCGGUGUAUCACCGUCUGGGGACGAUGGGGACGCGUCUGAAGACAAAUCGACAGCUCGGCGCAGCACGAGGGAGCACGACGUCGGCGCAAAUACACACGAGCGUGGGAGGGAGGGGAUUCUCAGCGAGAAGGCGCGUGGGAAGUUGCCUCUGCGGGGAGAGCGCCAUCAUCACACCCGAGGCCAUGAUGUCGGCAUCAGCCCGAAUCUUGGGAGCGCCCAAACGCCGGCAGUAGGCCGAAAUACAGUCAGCGAGGAGAGGGAGGUCCCUGCGGUCGAGGAGAAUGUUCUUGAGGCAGCGCCUCCUCGUGAAGGCGUGGCGGAAGGCACAAAGGCGAGCUCCACUCCCUUUGAGAGCAUUUCUGAAGAGAAAGGCGAGCGGCGCAAGAAACCGCCGCGUCCAUUCAGUCUCCGAGACUCAGUACACGCGCACAUCCUGGGCUCGAGGCCCGCACGCACGGAGUUACAACGGACCCACCAGCCUUCCGUGUCGAGCAAACAGGUGUUUACGCAGGGAGGCGCAGCUCCUUCAGAGCGGCCCCCUGCGCUCUUGGCCCGGCUUUCCGAUCCUAUUUCGACGAGCUUCGGGCCCGAGAAAAUGGUGGCACGCUCCCACCGUCCCGCCCUUCUUGAGCGCUUGUCCGACCGCCUGACCGAAGGUUCAACGUCCUCGAACAAGAGUCCGGGUAAGCCAGAUAGCGCAGAAUCUCAUACGCCCGAGGGCGAACACACCGCGCCGCCGUCGACCCCUUCUGAACAAUUGCGCGCCCGGAGGUCGCCGGGUCAUUUGCGUAAGCAGGACGGGCACGCUGCGAGGGCAGCCCCGCUUGUAUCGCCUGCCCCCCUCGAUGCUGAGCAAGAAGUCGAUAAAGGUGCCACCGGCUCCCAAGCGAGCUCGGCGGCAGACGAGGGCCGCGCGCGUCUCCUGCGCCGCCUCAUGAAGGAGAGAAAUGCGGUCCAUCGGGAGCCAGAGCCCGCAGCGGUGGAUAACGCGCAAUCUCUAGCCAUGGAGGCAGAGCUGCGCUCCCGCGCGAAGGUACGAAUGAGGUUGGCGGCGCUGAAGGGUGACGUAUAGUAGGCCUCCGUAGUACCACAAAUGCAUACCGUGCCUUUGCU